AUGGCGUCAGAAGUCUGUAUAGUCCAAAAGCGAGACACCAAGAAAAUGUAUGCCAUGAAGUACAUGAACAAAGCGAUGUGCAUCCGGAAAGAUGCAGUCCGGAAUGUUCUCCGAGAGCAAGAGAUCCUCCAGGCUCUUGAACAUCCCUUCCUGGUCAAUCUUUGGUUCACCUUUCAAGAUGAGGAGGAUAUGUUUAUGGUAGUUGAUCUUCUUCUUGGGGGUGAUCUUCGCUACCACAUCUUACAAGGGGUGAAGUUUGAUGCAGAGAGGGUCAAGCUGUAUAUCUGUGAGAUCGCGCUGGCGCUAGACUAUCUUCGUACACAGCUUAUCAUUCAUAGGUAA